AUGAGCGAUUCUCGAUCUAAACCAGUAAUAAAAGAUGUUCCCUUGGUGGUAAAGGGCAAGAUUGAGGGUCGCUUGACCGAAUUCCAACGAGGAAAGUUCUUAGGGAAGGGAGGAUUUGCCAGGUGUUAUGAAUUAAUUCGAAGCGACGAGAUUUAUGCCGGAAAAUGUAUCUCCAAGACCUUGUUGAUGAAGAAGAGCCAGCGAGAGAAGGUGAGGAUCGUUACUUUUGUCCUCUUUUUGCGUUUAGAUUUUGUUGAAGAAGACCAACUGGGCGUUGCUUUAGGUUGUCCAAGAGAUCAAAAUCCAUUCGACUUUAAAACACCCAAAUGUUGUCAACAUUUUGGGACAUUUUGAGGAUGACGAGAAUGUUUAUGUCUUGUUGGAGUUGUGUGCUCGACGAUCAUUGAUGGAGCUCAGCAAACGUCGACGAACAGUCACAGAACCCGAAGCUCGAUAUUUCACGGAUCAGGUAAUACUGGUGUUAAAAGCAUAGCUUCCAGCAGUUAUGAUCUUUUCUUCCGAGGAAAGGUACUUUUACUCCCAUCUCCAUUGCUUUUGAUGUUUGCUUCACCAUUUCAAAAUCAAUUUUCAAUUCUAUCUUUUAGUUGGUUGCUGGAUGUGAAUAUCUCCAUUCCCAGAAGAUUAUUCACAGAGAUCUGAAACUUGGAAACCUCUUUCUCAAUGAUGAUAUCGUCCUAAAGAUUGGAGACUUUGGUUUAGCCACAAAGGUUGAAUUUGACGGACAAAAGAAGCAAACUUUAUGUGGAACUCCCAAUUAUAUUGCUCCAGAGAUGUUGAUGAAGGCCGGGCAUUCCUAUGGAGUUGAUAUUUGGGCGAUUGGAUGCAUCUUGUACACUCUUCUUUGUGGCAAACCGCCGUUCGAAACCGAGUCUCUCAAAGUAAAUUUUUUUAAUGUUUAACUCGAUUUGCGUGGUGAAUAUCCCAAUUUCUCAAUUUUGAUCUGAUUCUUCUAUUAUUUGCAGCAAACCUAUUCCAAGAUCAAAACUAACGAUUAUAUUAUCCCCAAAAGGAUUGGUCAAGAUGCCUGUAAUCUGAUCAAUGCUCUUCUGGCUGCCCAUCCGGAAAAUCGACCAAGCGUAUUUGAUAUUCGAAAGCAUCCCUUCUUUACCGAUGGAUUCAUGCCCAAGGCCCUUCCCACUUCUUGUUUGGUCUCGGCUCCUAGAUUCAAUGUGGACGCGGUCUCCGGAGGCCCUAUUCCACAUGGAACUAGGAUGCAUUUGGGAGACCCGGUGAACCAGAUGAACGCCCUCAAGCUGAGAAACGAACCAUCGCCAAGAGUGAAGCAGGUCAGAGCGAUUGGAUCACAUAAUGAGAAGAAUUAUUUGUGCUAUAUUAUUAAUGCCAAGUUUUAUUUUAGGAUGCCUCAGUGGUCAUUGCCACGACCCGAGCUCCCGCCGAUCAGGAUGAAAUCAGCAUCAACGACCACUUGGAGAAACUUUGCCGAAUCUUGUCUCCAUUCCUCAACGAGGGAAUCAGAAGAGAUACUCCGAGUAAGGCGGUCAUGUAUAAUAUAAUUUUUUAUUGUGUUAAACAUAAUUUUUGUGUUUAGUGGAUGUCCAAGAGCAAGAUCCGGCCUCUGCUCCGAUCUAUUGGAUUGCCAAAUGGGUGGACUACUCGAACAAAUAUGGGCUAUCGUAUCAAUUAUCAGAUGAGAGUGUUGGAGUUAUUUUUAACGAUCAGACCAAGGCUAUUGUGGACAGAACUGGAGAGUAAGUUACGUUUUGGGUUUACAGAUGACGGGUAAACGGUAUUACAAAUUCUUUUUAGGAACAUACAAUACACGGAGAGGGAUAAUACUGAGAUGUAUUACACCAUGUCCCAAUAUCCACCAGUUUUGGAAAAGAAGUUGACAUUGCUCAGAUACUUCCGCGGAUACAUGUCUAAGCACUUGCUUACGGCUGGCCAGAGCAUGAAGAGACAAGGAGAUGAACUCUCCCGCUUGCCGCAGAUGACUGUCUGGUUCAGAACAACUUCGGCCAUCAUCUUCUUGAUGACUGAUGGAACUUUGCAAGUCAAUUUCUUUGAGGUGAGGAGAUAUUGGGGGGUAUUUGUGGCCAGAGUUGGGUAUCUCGUAUUUUAGAGCUGUCGGGAACGAUGAAAAUUUUAUUUGGGAUAUUAAUUUGUUUUAUCUUUGCUUCAGGACCACACCAAGAUCAUUAUUUCAUCGGUGAUGACUGCCGCCACCUAUAUCAAUGUCAAGCGAGAGUGCCAGACCUACCAGCUGAAGCAUCUCGAAGAAGGAUGUCCCCAUGACAUCCAACGCCGUCUCGCUUAUGCGAAGGCAAUGGCCGAUCGCCUCCUCAAGAGAAGACUCCCAACCCCAGGUGUUGCCGGCCCCUCCUCGGGCGAACCCGCGCAUGUUAUAGAGAUCAACUAGUAAGAGAUGAUUAACUGGAUUAAGAACUACUUUGUAAUUUGUUACAUUCCUGACUCGAGAUCACAAAUAAAACUAAAUACAUGUCAAGGAUAAUGUAAAAAUCUAGUGUAAUGUAACUUUGUUUGUGUAAUAAACUGUGUUUGAAGUGUUGGUGGUCUGAAUAUGAAUAAUGGCGUUGAAGAAGUCGUCCUUUUAAUGUUGGGUUGGGGCCAGGAGGUCAAUGGAUUAACUGGCCUUUUAGAUAAUCCCCCAAGGCUCUCCGGUUGUGACAUGUCGAAUUAA